CUCCUCUCUCCUCCUCCGAUAUGGCUGCCAGGAGACCGGUUAGCCCCAGCAUCGUGUGUGGACACCAGUCAGAAGAGAGUGGCCCCCACCUCCUAUCUUUAAGUCCCCCAUCUCUCUUGGCCAGCUACUGCUGUCACUAAGGAACUAGGCUACUCUCUGCAUAGUAGGAGUUUUGCACCUCUCCUUCACAGGAUGACACAGGAGCUCUACCUUUUGAAUUUGAGUCUUCUCUGACUCACGCUCAUACUCUCCUGUCGCCUCCCUAUUUCUCUCUCCAUCUCUCGGGGGGUUGUUCAUGUCGCACAGGGACCUUGCUUACAGGUCUGACACUUUCUCGUUGUUGCUUUAGAGUCAUUUUGUAUCAUCACUCCCCCUGUCUGAGAGGAUGAAGGAGCAGGAACAUUGGAGAAGAUGAUUCUUUGGGCUGGCCUGCUCCCCUGGGGUUUAAGGAAAUUGUCAAUGGUCGCCACUCAAUGCCACAUCGAGCCUCAACUCAACGGGAGAAGUAGUGGAAGAAUACGUUUGGUUCACCACAACAUUUGAGUUCCAGUGCUGUCUUAGCCCUUGGAAGUAGCUGUGGAGUACCUGGGUCUGUGCAUCUGGGACAGAUAAUCAUGGGCAAUGCCGCUGGGAGCAUGGAUGUGCCACCGGGGAAGGAGGUGAAGACGGUGUCGGCCCCCCCAGGCUCAGGGGCCCCCCAGAAACAGGCGGCAGGCCCCAAACUCCCCAUGCCUGCCGAGGAGGAGUUAGAGGAGCGUUUCAAUGCAGUGCUGAACUCCAUGAAUCUGCCUCCAGACAAGGUGAAGAUCCUGUGUCGGUAUGACAACGAGAAGAAGUGGGAACUGGUCUGUGAUCAGGAACGUUUCCAAGUGAAGAAUCCUCCCUCUGCUUACUUGCUGAAGCUCAAAGGUUAUCUUGAGCAGGGAGGGGUCAAAAGACAGUUCAAGAGGCGGGUCCAGGAGUCCACACAGGUCUUAAGAGAGCUGGAGAUUUCCCUGAGGACCAAUCAUAUCGGCUGGGCUCAGGAGUUUCUCGGUGAGGAGAACAGAGGUCUGGACGUCCUGGUUGACUACCUGUCCGUCGCCCAAUGUGCCGUCACCUAUGACAUGGAAAGUUUGGACAAUGGGACUUCCACACCAGAAAAAUCGGUGGAGGACUUGACGAGGAGUGCCAGUAACUCUCCAACCCAUGGCGGUUCUAAAGCUGCUCGUGCCCUUACUGUGAGAUUCAACUCUCUCCACAACAGGAAAGCGCUGAGGAAGUCCCGCCUUGUCAGUCAGAAAGAUGACGUUCACCUCUGCAUCAUGUGUCUACGUGCCAUCAUGAACUACCAGUCUGGGUUUAACCUGGUGAUGACCCACCCAUGCUGUGUGAACGAGAUCACGCUCAGCCUCAACAACAGGAACCCCAGGACCAAGGCCCUGGUGCUGGAGCUGCUGGCUGCCGUGUGUCUAGUGAGGGGGGGUCAUGACAUCAUCCUCUCCGCCUUCGACAACUUCAAAGAGGUAUGUGGAGAGAAGAGCCGCUUUGAAAAGCUCAUGGAGUAUUUCUGCAAUGAAGAAAGCAACAUUGACUUUAUGGUGGCGUGCAUGCAGUUCAUCAACAUUGUGGUCCACUCAGUGGAGAACAUGAACUGUAGGGUCCAUCUGCAGUAUGAGUUUACCCACCAUGGCCUGGAUGACUAUCUAGAGAGGUUAAAGUUCACGGAGAGUGACCGGCUGCUGGUGCAGAUCCAGGCCUACCUGGACAACGUGUUUGAUGUGGGGGCUCUGCUGGAGGAUGCAGAGACCAAGAACGCCCUGUUGGAACACAUGGAGGAGCUGCAGGAGCACAAUGCACAGAUAAGCAGCCGACUGGAAGAGGGCGAGAGGGAGGCGUUGGAGAAAGUGUCUGAGCUGGAGAAGCAACUCAUCCAGACCACUAAAGAGGUGGAGCUCCUAAAGGAGAGUCUGCGUGAGUCCUGUGCCCAGGGGACCAUUCUACAACAGCGGGAGAUAGAGCGAGAGAGAGAACGAGAGAGGGAAAAAGAGCGGGCGAGGGAUAGAGAUCGUUCGGCCCAGGCCUUAGCGGAGCUGGAGGAGAAAGUUCAGGGGCUUGUGUGCCAGGGGCUGAUUCGAAUGGAGCGCACGUCCUCGGGACACCUGGACCUCCAUGUGGUCCCUGUCAUCCCUCCUGUUGUCAUCUCUGCAAAAACAGAACACAUCGCGACUGUCGAGGGCCCUCCCACAUCAGUAGUCCCUCCCCCUCCUCCACAAUUACCUGGUACAACAGAGGCCACAGCACAAGCCCCUCCUCCUCCCCCCCCUCCUCCUCCUCCCCUUAUAUGCUCGACUGCACCACCUCCUCCGCCCCCACCUCCUCCAGGGGGUGGUAUGCCCCCACCACCUCCGGGCGGUGGAAUGCCCCCACCAUUUGGGGGUAUGCCUGAUGGACACACUGGUAACAGAAACAAGAAGCCCAUUCAGACUAAGUACCGUAUGCCUUCACUCAACUGGCAGGCCCUUAAACCCAACCAGGUGUCUGGAACCGUCUUCAAUGAGCUGGAUGAUGAGCUCGUGCUGGGGGUGCUAAACAUGGAUGUCUUUGAGGAGCAGUUUAAGACCAAGGCCCAGACUGCCCCGGCUGACGUGGGGCCCCUGAGAGCGAAGGUGGCCCAGAAGACCCCCAGCAAAGUGUCCCUACUGGAGCCCAACAGAGCCAAGAACCUCGCCAUCACCCUGCGCAAGGGAGGCAUGGCCGCCUCAGACAUCUGUACUUCCAUAGAGACGUAUAACCAGGAAGCUCUGAGCCUGGACUUCCUGGAGCUGCUGGAGCGUUUCAUCCCCUCAGAGUACGAAGUCAAGCUCAUCCAGAACUACGAGCGAGACGGGAGGCCCCUGGACGAGCUCCCCGAGGAGGACCGCUUUAUGGUACGCUUUGGCAAGAUCCCCCGCCUGCCCCAGCGCAUCAGUACGCUCACCUUCAUGGGCAACUUCCCAGAGAGCAUCCAGCUCAUCCAGCCGCAACUCAAUGCAAUCAUCGCUGCCUCAAUGUCAAUCAAGUCCUCUAGCAAGCUGAAGAAGAUCCUUGAGAUCAUCCUAGCCUUUGGAAACUACAUGAACAGCAGCAAGAGAGGAGCAGCCUAUGGGUUCCGCCUGCCGAGUCUCGACUUGCUGUUAGACACCAAGUCCACAGACCGGAGACAGACUCUGCUUCACUUCAUAGUGAACAUCAUCCAGGAGAAAUACCCCGAGCUCCAAACCUUCCACAGUGAGCUGUACUUCUUGGACAAGGCUGCUCUGGUGUCCCUGGACAGCAUUCUGCAGGACGUGCGUGCCCUGGAGAGGGGCAUGGAGGUGACCCGGAAGGAGUUUGCCAUACACGAAGACAACGCUGUGUUGCAGGAGUUCCUCACCAGCAAUAAUGACCUGCUGGACUCUGUAGUAGGAGAUGGCAAGACAGCCCAGGAUGUGUAUGAAUCAGCAGUGGAGUACUUUGGAGAGAACCCUAAAACCACACCUCCCUCCAUGUUCUUCCCUGUCUUUGUUAGGUUCAUCAAGGCCUAUAAGCAAGCAGAGCAGGAGAAUGAGCAGAGGAAAAAGCAGGAUGUGUUGUCCAGUGAAUGGAAAACUGGGCCACUGUCAACCUCGCCGAAGCCUGAAACAUCCCAGAAGGUACCCAUGAUGCCCCAGAUGGAUCUGAUAGCGGAGCUGAAGAGGCGGCAGGUGACCCCCCUGGUUCGGGAGGGCAAGGAUGGAGCCAUCGAGGACAUCAUCACAGACCUGAGGAACCAGCCAUACAGACGGACAGACGGGUCCCGAGUCAGCGCCAAGUGGAAGCCCAGACAGAAGCUCCAAGUCUCCUCCGACAUCUUCCUGUGAAACACUACACACACACACUUGCUGAC